AUGUCCGAGACCGUUGUUUUGAUCACUGGUGCCGGGAAAGGAAUUGGUAAGGGGCUCGUCGAGCGUUAUCUGCUUUUCCCGAAUCAUACUGUGAUCGGAACGGUGCGCGGUGCCGGAAAGCCCCAGUACCAAACACUGAAAGACUCCCCGACCGGUCCAGGUAGUCGCCUGAUCCUCGUGAGCCUGGAUGGAAACACUCUCGAAGAUCCAGCACGUGCUGUCGAGCAAGCGAAAGAUGCCUCCGGCAUCACCAAGAUCGACAUCGUAAUCGCGAAUGCCGGGAUGUCGCCACCAGUCGGUCCUUUGGAGGAUGCUACCGUCUCGGACAUUUCGGAGGCACUCACGGUCAACACACUCUCUCCGAUUGCUCUUUAUAAGGCAACAUUUCCACUGUUGAAGGCCUCUCAGCGACCGCGAUGGCUUUCAGUGAGCAGUGCAGCUGGGUCGGUCGGCAAUGUCGUGCCCUUCUCCGCUCACUACCUCCUCGCAUAUGGAAUGUCCAAAGCUGCACUCAACUUUUUCACUUUGACCAUUCAUUCCUCGCAGCCUAGCUUCAUUGCCUAUGCCAUCCAUCCAGGUCUUGUGCAGACGGACUUGGGCAAUCGUGGCGCCGAGAUGCAAGGAAUGGAGAAGGCUCCUACCACGGUUGAGGAGAGCUGCAGCAAGAUCAUAUCGUCGCUCGAGAGUGCAAGCCGCGAGAAGACAUCGGGUAGAUUCAUCAGCAUCAUCGAGGACGAGGACAUCGCUUGGUGA